GUUUGGACUUGUGUGCCAGUGGUGCAUGCACACACGCUCACUGCAGACGAGUUAGUGUCUCCUGCUCACUGGAGCCAAGCACGAGGUCAGAGAAAAGGACAACACCAUGACUGAGCACAUGACCAACCUGAGGGUGAAGCUGCCCGCCACCUGUAUCAUCCUGGAGGUCAUCAUCAUCAUCCUCUUUGGCACGCUGGUGGAGUAUGACGAUAACACGAACGCCAAGCUCUGGCACGAGGAGUUGGCCAACAAGUCCAACUAUGAGAAUGAGUUCUACUUUCGCUACCCUAGCUUCCAGGAUGUGCAUGUGAUGAUCUUCAUUGGCUUUGGCUUCCUGAUGACGUUCCUGCAGCGAUACGGCUUCAGCAGUGUGGGGUUUAACUUCCUGAUCGCGGCGUUCGCCCUGCAGUGGGCCACGCUCAUGCAGGGCUUCUUCCAUGGCAUGCACGGGGGAAAGAUUCACAUCGGAGUGGAGAGCAUGAUCAACGCUGACUUCUGCACGGGAUCAGUUCUGAUCUCCUUCGGUGCUGUGCUGGGGAAAACCAGCCCAGUCCAGCUGCUGGUGAUGGCCGUGUUUGAAGUGACACUGUUCGCAGUCAAUGAGUUCAUCCUCCUCACUCUCCUGGGGGCGAGGGACGCAGGUGGCUCCAUGACCAUCCACACAUUUGGGGCCUACUUUGGUCUGGUGGUGGCCCGAGUGUUGUAUCGCCCUCAACUGGAGAAGAGCAAAGAGAAAAACUGCUCUGUCUACCACUCUGACCUCUUUGCCAUGAUUGGCACAAUCUACCUGUGGAUGUUCUGGCCCAGCUUUAACUCAGCCAUCACCGCACAAGGGGAUGACCAGCACCGCACUGCCAUGAACACCUACUACUCCCUGGCUGCCUGUACACUGGCCACCUAUGGCUUCUCCGCUCUGGUCAGCCAUGAGGGCAAACUGGACAUGGUACACAUUCAGAAUGCGGCUUUGGCCGGAGGAGUGGCCGUGGGCACGGCUGGCGAGAUGAUGCUCACACCCUUCGGCUCCAUGAUCGUAGGCUUCCUGGCUGGCACCAUCUCCACCCUAGGCUUCAAGUACCUUUCGCCUAUUCUGGAGGAUAAGCUGCGUAUUCAGGACACUUGUGGGGUCCAUAACCUGCACGGCAUGCCAGGGGUCCUCGGGGCCAUUGUGGGGGCCAUCACUGCUGCCGCGGCAACAAGGGAAAUCUAUGGGGAUGGGCUGGCAGACGUGUUCCCGGACGUGGCCUCGGACACGGUCACUGCGUCCGCUCAGGGUGUGCGUCAGGCCAUCUCCCUGGCGGUGACCCUGGGCAUAGCCCUCCUGGGGGGAGUUAUUGUGGGUUUCAUUUUAAAGCUGCCCAUCUAUGGCUCUCCACCAGACACCAUCUGCUUUGAAGAUAGCAUUUACUGGGAGGUGCCGGGUGAGGAGGCCUCUCAUGAGGAGGUGAGCAGAGUGCCAAUGGAGGAUGUGGAGAAACCUCUAAAUGGUUGAGCUUCCUGUCCAGGUGGAAGCAGGCAAUAAUGUGGCUUGCACACAAACGCUUUGACACACUAGAUCAUGCAGCCAUACACACAUGCGCACACAUGCGUGCGUGCACACACACACACACACACACACACACACACACGCACAGACACACACACACAGGUUUAUAGGUUUAUACUUUUCCUGAAACUCUCCCCCAUGCAUGAAAGUGGGCUUUCCUGUACCAGCUCCACCGGUCCAGCACCUACAUGGUAAACUUGUGUAGGUUAUGAUGUCCUGAAGUAGGUAUUACUCGAGCAUUCAGGUGUUCGCCAUAAGUAUUUUUUUUUUACGUUUUGACUGUUAAGCUGAAUAUGAGGAGUGUAUGUAUACACAAGCAAGUGAGACACUGAAACGGAGAAGAUCGUAUGGAACUUUAAUCUGUCUCAGAUGUGAUCUGUGAGAUACAGUCAAUUUUCUGUUCUCUGUUUCUGUUCAUUCAAUUAGGUACUAUUCAAUCAUUGUUUGUGUUAUUAGCUUUGCGCGGCUAAACGGUUUUUACGCAUCCUAAAGGUCUUAGUAAAUCGGGCCGUUUAUUUCUUAAGUGUAGCGACUUCAAUUUCAAACAAAACUCGCCGCGUAAAUUGUUGACACCAAAAAAACAACAACAGCAACUACGUUUUCGUAUGUAUAGCCAGAAGAUGGCAACCAAGAGCCAUAUUUUAGACUGGUGGAAAUGACGAAAGAGCAAAAUUGCCCAGUUUAUUAUUUCUUUCUUUUUUCUUUGCAACAGGGAUGCUUGGAUUGUUCUAUUUUUCUCACGGUAGUUCAAGUGUUACAAUGCAAAGUGUACAUCAACGCUGCAAACAUUAUGUUUGUAACCGUCUGGACACACUGUUUAUAUUUAGAACCAAUCAACUUUCGUAUUUCUUCAGUGGAACAACAGGAAUGUAAUAUAAACUGAUUAUAUAUCAUUUGAACGAAUAAUAUAUUUGCUAUAAUAAUUCAUUUCGAAUGAAUUGUAAUGAAAUUACACAUGACCAAAACAGUUACUUGAGUUAAAACGGUUAGUUAUUUUUAGUUGUUUCCUGUACCUUUAUUGUGAUCUUUGUAACGUUAUCUCUUUGCAAUGCCAAUACUUCAUUGUUUGAGACGUGAGUGUAAAUUCAAAUGUAAUAUUUGGAAAUAAAGUUCAUGUUUUUUUCCAGAAA